GGAUUUUAUUAGCUCGGAAGGCGAAAUGGCAAGCAAAAGAAAGAGAGAUAGUGAUGCUGAAUACUCGCCAUCUUCAGUAAAGAUGUUCAAAAGCAGCGAUGAAUCUUCUAGCCAUUCUAGAUCCGGAAGAGCCAGAAAAAAACCAGCUCGCUUUUUGGAUGAAGAUGAUGGAGAUGAAAGUCCACCAGAAAGCCAGGAAGGGGAACCGAAAACAGAAGAGAUCCCUGACUUGAAACCCACACCAUCUCUUCUUGCUGCCACCCCUCAGAUAAUCAGCUCAAAUCCACAACUCAUUAUGGCUACUCCUCAGAUCAUAAGUGCCACCCCUCAGUUGAUUAAUACUACUCAGUUGAUCAGUGUAGCACCUCAGUUGAUCAGCUCAGCUCCUCAGUUAAUCAGCUCAGCUCCUCAGUUAAUCAGCUCAGCUCCACAGUUAAUCAGUUCAGCCCCUCAGCUUAUUAGUUCAACUCCACAGUUGAUCAGUGGUUCACCGCAACUUAUUGCUGCAUCUCCACAUCUAAUUUCUGGUACACCUCAAAUGAUUGUGUCACAAGAACCAUUACUCCAAUCAAAAGUGGAGCCAUUAGACACUCCAAAGUCAUCAAGAGUUAGAAAGAAAUCAGCCAAAGUGAUAGAAAUGGAGGAAUUUGAAAAGGCUGAAAAAGUAAAAUCCACCAAAAGACUGACAAAGGUAACAAGUCCGGAGUCAGUGACUGUAGCAGUAUCAGCUGCUCCAGUAACAGGCAUACAACCACAGAUUUUACAGGCAGCCAACAUACAGCUGAAUCUAAUGAAUGCUCUGAACACACCAACUUCAAGUGAUGUCCAGUCAACACUUCUGGCCCAGCUGAGAAAAAAUCCUCAGAUGGUCAGGGUUGUUGAUGAUCCUAAACUUGGAUCUGUGAAGACUGAACCUAUAAUGGUGUCUGGUCCUUUUGUCAGCCCUGGGGAGACAGUUAUGGGGGACCAGAAUUUUAGUGUGAAGGAUGAACCCAUUGAUACAGUUGAUCCCAACAUCUUGCUGCCUCAGUCUGCCCCUGGCUCAGCUUUGUUAACACAUCUGACAAAAAUAGCUCAACAAGAAGGAAGUGUUUCACCGACUAAAACCCCAGCUAAAAAGAAAACACCGAAACCAAAAAUCAAAGAAGAACCUGGUCCAAGCAUGGCAGGAGAUGUCCAGAGUAAAAGUGUUAUUAAAAUGCUGUUAAAUAAACCAGCCCAGUUUUCUGAACCAGUUAUCUCUACACAAACUCUGUCACAAAUCAACUCUCCUAUGUCAGACAAAAAUGUGAAGAAGCCAAUUAAAAUGAAAAUUUCUACAGAGGGCUCUUCUGUGUCUCACAUGGGACCGGGUGGGGAUGCGUUUGGUCACGUAGCACCUGCCAACGUCAUCAGUCCUGUAGAGAGCAAUAAGUCGUCAACAUCAGGGGCAGGGACGGAUAAAAAGAAGGCUAAGAAAACUAAAAGAAAACAAUCAGUAUCAAUUCUGGAUGACGAGGAUGAAGAUGAUGAAGAUUAUGAUGAAGAGGAUGAUGAUGACGAUGAUGAUUUGAUUGAUGAUGACCUGGAUGAUAAUGAAGAUGAUAUGGACUGGGAAUUUGAAACACAAGAUGGGAAUCUGAUUAUUGCAGAUGAAGUUCCCAAGAGAAGUACCGGUACAAGUAAAAAAACACCCAGCAAAAAGAAAGGCAAGAAAGAUGAUGGCCAGUCCUUUGCUGUUACUAAUAAAGACAAGAAGAGCACUGGACAGAAGGAAAAGAAGAGGAAACGUCUGACUGCCUACACCAUGUGGUGCAACAGUGUGCGAUACAAAGUCUUAAAUGAAAAUCCAGGAAUUGAUUUUGCACAAUUAAGUAGAAGACUAGGAGAAAUUUGGCAAAGUGUUCCAGCUAAAGACAAAAUGGCCUGGAAAAGAAAAGCAAAAAGAGAAGCUCGUAAAUUACUGGGGAAAGGUUUACUGAUAAAGACAGGCAAAGGUGGCGGGAGUACAGCAUCUCAAACCAGCGUAUCAACAGCCCCAGCUCUACCCAGCAGCUCGAAUACUCCGCCCCCUAUUUAUCACCCACCAAUAAGACACCACUCUACAAAACAUCAUUCGACCAAUAAUAACCCUGGACUUGGCCCUGUGAAGCUAACGGAUGAACCAUUUACUAGUCCAUCUAAGGUGCUUGGUAUAGAGCCUAUAGAUACAGCAGCACAUCUGAAGUUGGUAGGGGAUUCUCUUAGUAUUAUAGGAAUAAGACUGCAAGAACACAGGGGUCUGAUUGCUGUGCAGGGAAGCCUAUCAGUCCUGUUAGACUCUCUUCUGUGUGCCGUCGGGCCCCUCAUGUGUCUGACAUCUCAAGUCCCAGAACUUAAUGGCUGCUCACCAAAAACACACACUCGUGUUUUAGACAAUAUUGCAUAUAUUAUGCCAGGGUUGUAAUACAUUGUAGUUGUUAAACUUAUUUUAUAUAAAUAAAUGUUAUAUGUUGUGCA